AUGACGUCACAAGAGAAUGUCACGUUCAUUGGUCGAGAGAAGGAACUGUCAGAGCUUCAGACCGCAUUGGAAUCUGGAAAAAAGAUCAUUCAAAUAACAGGCCAACCCAUGGUCGGGAAAACAGAGUUAGCAAAACACUUGUUGAAGAAAAUGAAAGAUUUCUAUAAAGAAGAUCAGUCUAUUUUGCACAUACAUGAGGUCAGCAUUAGAAAUGUCAAGAAUAUUGAACCAAUCAUUUCACAGCUUAUUAACCAGUUUACCCUAUCAGAACAAUCGUAUUAUGCUUCAGAUCAGUCACAUGUUCAAGAGGAUCAAUCAGCGGUCGGCUAUAAUUGCAGUUCCCCAAGUCGCCAAUUAACAUUACCGUUUCAACGUAUACUGGACAUUGUUCAUAAGGCCAAACAUCAUCACAUUAUACUGUUGGAUAAUGCAGAAGAUAUAUUAUUGGCUGAAAGUACAGCAAAAUCAGAUUUUAUUGAUUCCAUUCUGAAUUUAAUCGAAGAAUCAUCGGAUUUGAUUCAGGUUGUAGUCACAACAAGGUUUAAAUUUCGAGUUGUCAACCACGUGGUUUUCUACUCCCUGGAUCUCAAACCACUUCAACCAGAAGAUGCAGAAACUCUCUUAGAAUUAGUUGCAGAAGGUGUAGAUAUUCAAGAAUAUAAAAUUAAACUUGCUAAUUUAUGCAGUUUUUUGCCCAAAUUGUUGAUUGUUGCUGGUUCAGCACUGCGAAAUGGGCAAUAUACUCCGGAAGAGCUUUCUACCAGAUUGGAAAAGAGAAUGUCCAGUCUUGAUGAGCUCUCUGACGAAGGAAAGAUUGUGAUUGGCUCAUUUAUGGAUGCUUUGUUGCCAAUAUUGCAAGAGAAAUCCUCUGAGUUGCAGUAUAUUCCAGGGUCCUUUGGACCACGUCUAGCGGCUGCAGUGACAGGCAAACCGAGUACAGCCAUAGUUAAACAGGAUGUAUUGAAUCCUUUAUGUAAACGGUCUUUAUUAGAUAAAGAGAGCGUUGAAUUCGAAAUCAGCGAUGCGUUUGAUAAACUUAAGAGCGUUGAAUUCGAAAUCAGCGAUGCGUUUGAUAAACUUAGGUACGACAUCCACCCAUUUAUUCGUGAGUACAUCAGAGACCAUUUCUCACAUUUACACGAUGAAGACUUAGUCCGUGAUCGCUUUUGUGACUUUUUCGCUGAAUUACUGCAUCAGAUGUCAAGUUAUAUUGAUCGGAAACCAAAAAGCACAAUUCCACUACUAAGCAUUGAGAUGCAGAACAUUGCAAAGUUUUUACGAGAGGCAAUGCAUUGUGGGGACGAACGUUACCACGUAAUGAUUAACGUAGCACAACAUGCCGAGUACCUCUUGAUGAAUUUUCUACCAUCUGCUGGAGCAGUGGAAUUCUAUGAAGCAUGCGUGAACUCAGCCAGAAUGCAGAAUGACCCGGCUGAUUGUGCUGUUAUGCUGCAUUGUUAUGGACAGGCACUUAAUCAAAUUAGGGGUAACUGGCAGAAAGCAAGAAAUGUUUAUAAAGAAGCCGCUGAAUUAUUGUCCCCAAUGACAAACAAGCAAGAUAAACUGGCAAGACUUUACACAAGUAUUGGAUGGAAUCUGCAUUUGCUUGGUAAAGAACGGGAAGCACUCAGUUAUUUCUACAAAGCCUAUGAUAUACAGAAGAAUUUAGGUUUGAUACCACAUAGAGAUACUUCAUCUACAGCAGCAUGCCUAGGUGUUAUAAACACAGCUAUCGGGGAGCUGGCUGAAGCGAAAAAAUAUCACGAUUUAUCACGAUCAAUGCGUGGUGACUUGUUAGGAGAUCAUCCCAUUAUGGGCGGCUUGCAGAACAAUCUGGGUAUUUACUAUAACAAAGUUGGAAACAGUGAGAAAGCGUUUCAUUAUUUCAAGUUAUCUUUGCGAACGAAGAAGCGGUUCAACAAGAAGCCUGCUAAUGAUAUCAUAUAUUCAUUAACCAAUGUAGCCUUGGAGUACAGCAAGCGACAAGACAUGGAGAAAGCGUUGGAGUUGUUAGACGAAGCUUAUGAGAUGAGGUGUAAGAUGGGUAUGGAUCACCCUGAUAUGGCGCUAAUAUACAACACCAAAGCCAAAGUCUAUGCCAGAGGCUCAGAUUUAGAGAAUGCAGAGCUAUACUAUAAAAAAACAUUGGAGAUUCGACAGAAACUAAUGGGAAAGCACACUUCUGUGGGUGAUACAAUGAACAUGUUGGGAAAAGUUAUGCUUCGUGCUGGUAAAUUUCAGGAAGCAAAAAAGAUGUUCAGUAACGCACUAGAGUUUAGAAGAAAAGUGCUUGCUAACGAGCCAGAAAAUGGUGGUGUUGCUGAGUCCCUGAAUUGCUUGACAGAAUCAUGCAUUCAAAUGAAAAAAUACAGGGAAGCUAGGGAGUAUGCCCGGCAAACUGUGACGGAGUAUCAAAGGUUGCAUGAUGUGUAUGGGGAAGGGAAUAAAAUUGAUAAAAUGCUAGAGAUUGAUCAAAAGAUAGAAACUGUGAAAGAGAAAUUCAAGUUGGUGUUUGAAACAGAGUAG